GAGCCUCAGCUCACUUCUUUUAAAUGUUGACCAACUUUAGGACUGCAAAGGUUGGGCCGGGGCGCAGCACCUCACCAAUGACACCUUUCUCGCUUUGUCUCCUUUUUAGAAACAUCUCCGGCUCAGAGUCAUUGAGCAAGCAAGGUUCCCAACCAUGGACAGUGUGGCAAACUGGCUGGUGGAGAACAAGGACAAGAUCGAGAAAGGGGUGGACAUCAUGGGUCAAGCGGCCGAGGUGCUGGCCGCCACCGUGGGUCAGAUCCACCCCAUCCUGGAGGCCGUAUUCUUGGCCUCGGCUGAGAUCCUCAACAACCCCGAGAGCAAAGAGGCCAUCUACCUGACGAAGAAGAUAGAAGAGGUCAAUGAGAAGGUGUUGGGCGUCCAGAAUGAGAUUGACAAAAUUGCUCUGGAGCUGCAAAGGACGUCCAUGAACAAGCAGAACUUUGACCGUGAGGCUCAGAUGCUCGGCCAGUACGAAAAGUUCCAGGAGUUUCUCAACGCCAAGCCAGACUGGAAAAUGAAAAAGAAGGAGAAGUUCCUCAAGUAUUACGAGAACACAGACGGCGACUUGAACUUGGACGCUCUCUACAACGCCGUCAUGGGAGAGAAUAUCUCAGGUGACCCCAUGCUGGACACGGUGGUCGCCACAGAGCAGAGGAGCAGGAGGGCAGUGGAGGAAUUCUGCGCUUCGCUGAAGAAGCUUUUCGUCGUCGGCCUCAUCGCCAUCAUGGGCUACGCCGCCCUCAAGGAGGGCGUGGUGGAGAGGGACUUGGUGACCAAGUGGCAGACACGAAUGGAGGCGGUGGAGAAACGGAUGAAAACCGCAGUGGAUCACUGCACAGAGACCUUUAUGGACCAAGCCAAAAUGGACCUGGAGAAAGAGCUGGAGGUGAACCCCGGCACAGUCAAUGAGGACUUCACCCGAGCACUCCUGGACUCCCUGGUGAAGAAGUACGACUGGGUCAAGUGGUCGGUCCGAGCCUUCAACAGCAGGGAGCGCAUCUUCUUCUACAACUGGCUGGCAGGGAAGAAGUUCCACGGCAGCGGCGGCGCCAGCUGGUUUGAAAUGACCACCAGCAACAAGAUCCAAGUGGUGGUGUCUUUCUGCGUGGACCCUCAGUCCAUCGACAAGCGCCAGAUCAGGGAGCAGAUCGAGAAGCAAAAACUGAAGGGAAACAUGAUGGCGGUGGCGCUGACUCUGAACCAAUGCUUCCCCAACUGCCUGGUGCACGCCGUCAGCCACUACAAGGAGGUGGUGGAGUCCAACAACUUCAGCGUGGACACCUACUACUAUGGCAAACACAAACCAGCCUUCUUGUGCAUCCACCCGCAGUAGGCGGAGAAGACAGCAUCGUCUCACUUCAAAUCUUUAAUGCAUUCCUGUAAUGAGAUCUGCCGGGACUCUGUGUCACUUCACUCUUCUUAAGAUCUGCCGGGACUCUGUGUCACUUCACUCUUCUUAAGAUCUGCCGGGACUCUGUGUCACUUCACUCUUCUUAAGAUCUGCCGGGACUCUGUGUCACUUCACUCUUCUUAAGAUCUGCCGGGACUCUGUGUCACUUCACUCUUCUUAAGAUCUGCCGGGACUCUGUGUCACUUCACUCUUCUUAAGAUCUGCCGGGACUCUGUGUCACUUCACUCUUCUUAAGAUCUGCCGGGACUCUGUGUCACUUCACUCUUCUUAAGAUCUGCCGGGACUCUGUGUCACUUCACUCUUCUUAAGAUCUGCCUGGACUCUGUGUCACUUCACUCUUCUUAAGAUCUGCCUGGACUCUGUGUCACUUCACUCUUCUUAAGAUCUGCCUGGACUCUGUGUCACUUCACUCUUCUUAAGAUCUGCCGGGACUCUGUGUCACUUCACUCUUCUUAAGAUCUGCCUGGACUCUGUGUCACUUCACUCUUCUUAAGAUCUGCCGGGACUCUGUGUCACUUCACUCUUCUUAAGAUCUGCCUGGACUCUGUGUCACUUCACUCUUCUUAAGAUCUGCCUGGACUCUGUGUCACUUCACUCUUCUUAAGAUCUGCCGGGACUCUGUGUCACUUCACUCUUCUUAAGAUCUGCCUGGACUCUGUGUCACUUCACUCUUCUUAAGAUCUGCCGGGACUCUGUGUCACUUCACUCUUCUUAAGACACGCUUUAGUGGACAACACUUAUUUCUCAUCAGCCCGCUCAGGAAAAUGGGGGAAAAAAUCAUUCAUUAUUACUUGGGAUAGGUAACAAAUUCAGUAGUUUUGUAGGUACCAACCGAAUUCUGGUAGCGAUUGGCAUAAAAUCCGAAUGUACCAUAUUUGAAUAGCUUUGUUGAAUCUGAUGUCGCGUUUGGUUGGCAACUCAGCAGCAGCUCCAGCGCCGGGCAGGGAAAUAAGCAGUUAAGCGCUCCGAGCGGACUCAGAAGGACACAUUCUACAUGAUAGUACAGUUUUUCCUGCCAACAAAGCAAAAAGAAGGCGCUUAAAAGUUCGUCAAGGCUCCACUUUUAAAAAUGUGCUAGCUCAAUGCUAGUUUACAUGGGAUAUGCCAUAUGCAUGCUACCGAUUAGCAUAAGCAAUCUUACAUGGCAAUUUCAACACCAUGUUUUCAAUCAGAACUACAACUAAAUGCACCUAACAAUCAAAUAGGUGUUUCACAUUUAUUAAGCCAUAAUCUCUCAAACGGGCCUACCUGUGCAUCCUGCCUGAACCUGGAACCUGGAACCUGGAACCUGGAACUUCCCUCUUGGUGAUACAGUGGGACACGCUUCAGUUGACAACACUUAUUUGUCAACAGCCCGCAAUAUGCACAAACAAAAAGGUUCAAAAAGUCUUUAUUUUUACUUGGACAGGUACCAAAUUCAGUAUGUUUAUCAGAACCAACCUAAUUCUGUCAGUACUACCAGAUACCGAUUAACGUAUCAAAUCAAACGCUACCAUAUUUUAUAACUUUGUUGUGUUAAAUGAGGCCCUCAGAGCGGAUUCUGACAACUUGCCGCUCAGUAAUGUGACAAUUUUUGUUGUCAACAAAGCAAGAAGAAGGCGCCUGAAAGUACAGUGAGGCUCCACUUUUGAAAUGUGCUGGCUCGAUGCUACUUUACAUUGGAUAUGACAUAUUUCUGUUACUUAUUAGCAUGAACAUGUUUGUCAUGAAAAAAUUAUUCAAAAAGAACUACCAAAAUGCAUUUAAAAAAAAAGAUUGUUUGUAAUAAGUACAACAAUACUUACAGUAUAAACACUUUGUAGGACUCAACACAAGACAAGACUGGCACAUUCAACUUAAUAGCAAAGAAGACUACUUCCUGACUAUGACAAGACACAGAAGUCUGUACACUGCAUCUUCACAUAUAUAUAUAUAUAUAUAUAAAUAUAUAUAUAUAUAUAGGUAUAUAUAUAUAUAUAUAUACUUAAGACUCAGAGGUGUUAAAAAGUAAGAUAUUGCAGUUUUCCUUAUCAAGUGUAAUAAAUAUUAAAUUUAGAACAAAUAAGAUUGUGUUAAUUAAAAGUGAUUAUUUAUUAAAAGAUGAACACACACAAAACUAUCAAAGUUUGCUGGUGUUGAAUUUCUACCACAUGGUUUGAAAUGUAAGAGGAAGCCGUCCCUAAUUGUCAGCCAUCAAUGUGCAAACCUUGGUAAGUUUCUGUUAUGUCAACACGCGCUAAUGUCAACAGUCUGAGUGGCGUCAACAUAAACGGGUUCCUACUGUAUAACAGGUCUACACACAAUUCACUCAAAUGUUCAGCGAGGAACUUCCGAGCCAUGAAUGUCCAGUUGGCGUCAUCCUGGAAGUUUGUAUUGCGGUCAGAUUGUACGUCAAAUGUGAAUGAGAUGAUGAAAUGUAGAUGAGCAAAUCUUGCCAAAUAAAGAUCUGUCAGCCAA